CAAAGACAAAGAGAGUUCUAUAAAUACCCAAAACCCUCCGGUUUCUUCUUCUCCCCUUUCUCCUCUUCCUCCUACAUUCUCGACUCUCUCUCUAAUUAGUGUUUUCAAAUAGCUUUAAACAAAACAAAAAAAUCACAAAAUCUAUAAUUUUUCUGCCAUCUUUGGGAUUUAGUUUAUUCGAUCAAAGGAAACAAAAAUCCAUUGUUCUGGAGAUUUUUUUUUCCCUUUCCUUCCUUUGGAGCUCGUUUGAAUCAGAUAUCAACCUGAUUGAAUCUGAAAGUAUAUCAAAGAAGACGACGAUGAACAGUUGGAGAUGAUGAUUAGGAAACUUUCGUUUAAUGGAGCUUUCACCAACAAGCAGCGACAAGAAAACAAUGAAAAGGUGGUUUUUCAUAGACAAACGAGUUGGAUAAAAAGUGUUUUUUUUUUUUUUUAAGAUAAAGAAAAACCCCAAAAAAAUUAAGUUCUUGCAUCAAAGCAUUUAUAAGUCAUGGAGUUAAACCCAAAGCACACAUCCUCUGUUCUGAAAGAUCCUACACCAACAACUAACAAAUCAAGACUCGGCGUGUCAUCCAAAUUGGCAUCCAAUUCUGGAAGAUUCAUGAUGACUCCAUGGAAGAAACCUGCAAAACUCGAUGAUGUUAGAUCCAACGGUUGGUUAGAUGCAAUGAUUUCAUCUUCUCCACCGCGUAAGAAGUUAGUUAAAGAUUUCAAUGUCGAGGUUGCUCCAGAAGAUGAUUUUGCUCAACGUGCCUGGAUGCUCAAAUAUCCUUCUGCGAUUAGCUCGUUUGCGCAUAUUGUAGCUCAAGCAAAGAACAAGAAGAUAGCUGUGUUUCUUGACUAUGACGGUACUCUUUCUCCAAUAGUUGAUGAUCCUGAUCGUGCCACUAUGUCCGAUGCGAUGCGUUCUGCAGUUAAAGAUGCCGCGAGUUACUUCCCAACUGCAAUAAUAAGCGGUAGAAGCCGUGACAAGGUUUAUCAGUUGGUAGGAUUAACAGAACUUUAUUACGCGGGUAGUCAUGGAAUGGACAUAAUGACUUCUUCUAAUGAUCCGAAUUUUUACAAAUCGUCUGACCAACAGGAAAAGGAAGUGAAUCUAUUUCAGCCUGCUAAAGAAUUCAUACCGAUAAUCGACGAUGUUUUUAAAACGCUAGUUGAGAAAAUGAAAGAUAUUAAAGGUGCAAAAGUAGAGAAUCACAAGUUUUGUGCAUCUGUUCAUUACCGUAACGUGGAUGAGAAGGAUUGGCCAAUCAUUGCGCAACGCGUUCAUGACCACUUGAAACAAUACCCUCGUUUGCGUUUAACUCAUGGGAGGAAGGUUUUAGAGGUUCGUCCUGUGAUAGACUGGAACAAAGGAAGAGCGGUCGAGUUUCUAUUAGAAUCUCUCGGAUUAAGCAACAAAGACGAUUUGCUUCCUAUUUACAUUGGAGAUGACACAACUGAUGAAGAUGCAUUUAAGGUACUGCGAGAUGGGAAUCGAGGUUUUGGGAUCUUGGUAUCGUCUAAACCAAAAGAAAGCAAUGCGUUUUACUCUCUUAGAGACCCAUCUGAGGUGAAGACGUUUCUAAAGACUUUGGUGAAAUGGGCAAAGCUGGAGAAGAACUCUACUGGUUUUUGAUUGUUAUAGUGGAAAACCUGAUUGAAAGCUUAUUUACCUUUUUUUAUAUUUUCUUCACCCUCAGAGUUUUAGUUACAGCUUAAUGUAUAUGUUUUCAUAUAUUUGUGGGAAUUAAGAUAUGUAACUUUUUUAAAAUAUAUUCCAUGAUUUUCCAAAAAAAAGACAUUCUCCUUGCAACUCAAGUUGCUCAUCA